AUGAUCAAUGACCCUCGGGAGUUCCUCGAGCAUGGGCGGCCAGCUGACGUGCCUGAGCCGUACCUCAUCUUUCGGCCAAGCCGAGAUACCCUUGAGGUCCUGGUGCAGAAAGUGCCCAACAUGACCGAGCAGGUCACCGUGGCUGCCAUCUACGAUGAAUGUGGCUGCUCGGCAGUCCCAUGA